UUCAUAUUUGUAUAUGCUAUGGCAUUAGGCGCCAUUUCGGUUCACGGCUUAGGGUAUUUGUUAGGGUUUAGCUGCUUUCCUUGAGACUGAAGAAGGAGCUUGGUUGGUCAGAGAAACAGGAAUUUCAGCCAUGGCUAGCACUAAAGUUCAAAGGAUUAUGACCCAGCCCAUUAACCUGAUUUUCAGGUUUCUUCAGAGCAAAGCUCGGAUUCAAAUAUGGCUUUUUGAGCAGAAGGAUCUGAGGAUUGAAGGACGUAUCAUUGGUUUUGAUGAGUACAUGAAUUUAGUUCUGGAUGAUGCUGAGGAAGUUAAUGUGAAGAAGAAAACCAGCAAGCAGUUGGGGCGGAUUCUUCUGAAAGGCGAUAAUAUUACUCUGAUGAUGAACACGGGGAAAUAAUUUCUUAUCUGUUGGAGUACGAAAGUUGGUGGCAUCCAGUGUGUGUUCACCAGAUGCGAAUUGAAACCAUGUAACCUCAUGAAUGACAGAAUUACAUGGCCCUGACUUUUACUUAGUGCGUGUAUGUUGCUGUAGGUAAUAUUUGACAUGGUUUCAUUGAACCAAAUGCUUUGAUUGUUGUAUGAAUGUCUUUUCAUGACAUAGGAUCCGGGCUCCUCCCCAUUCCUGUGUCAGUUGAUGGCUUGACUAUUAGCGCCAAAGGAAGUGUAUAUUUUCUAAGUUUUUGUUGGUUGGGUAUAGUUCGACCACAUUUAUAUCAUUUGAA